CGGACUCUACACGGAGCUUCAUUUUCUGUCUGUACACGCUGAGCCAGCGCUUUAUUUCAAAUGAAGCGUCCUCUCAUUCCGCUAAUAAGUUUUUACACGUGAUAUAACAGCUAUCUUCGCCAUGAGCUGCUUGGAUGUCAUGUAUCAAGUUUAUGGUCCACCUCAACCUUAUUUUGCCGCAGCAUACACACCAUAUCACCAUCAGAAAUUGGCAUUUUACUCCAAAAUGCAAGAAUCCCCAGAACCACUGAGCGGAAGCAGCUCUUCUUUUUCCAACCUUUCCGGGCCAUCCAUAAAAGAGGAGGACUGUGCCCGGGAGAAAGAUCACCCGCCGGAGGCUGAAUACAUCAGCUCCAGAUGUGUGCUAUUCACUUAUUUCCAAGGGGACAUCAGUUCGGUGGUGGAUGAACAUUUCAGUCGGGCUUUGAGUCAGUCUAGUAGUUGUGCAACUGGAUCCACCAUCAGCAAGACAGCAAGAGGCACAUCAUCCUGGAGAGACGGAUCAUUCCCUAUGAGCCAGAGAAGCUUCCCUCCCUCGUUCUGGAACAGCGCGUAUCAGCCGUCAGUGACAGCAUCUCUCGGCAGCGCCCUGGGUUCCUCCCACACAGACCUUCCCUUCCCGCCGGAUCCGUACUCCACCGCGUCUCUACACAGCCAUCUUCACCAAGCCACCCCAGAGCCCUGGCACCCCUCUCACCACCAUCACCCUUACUCGCUCAGCGGAGCCAUCGGCACCCAGGGGUCUGCUUACCCCCGGCCCUCUAUGCACGACAUGUACGGAACGCACUUUGACCCCCGUUACAGCUCUCUGCUCGUGCCCUCGGUGCGGCCGCAUAGACUUCCUCCAGCCACGGUUCCCGCACCUGGAGCCUCGCCGUGUGAUAUCAGCAAGAGUGAACCGGGCAGCUCGACGUGGACUGGAGCUUUCACAGCAGCCAGCUCUGAUAUGAGCCUGAACAUGGAUGCAGGUCUACAGAGCCAGGAUAAAAGCAAGGACUUGUUCUGGUUUUAGUGCCCUGUGGCCGCUUCUUUCUCCGCUGGCUUGUUUUUCUGUGGCUUUAGUGUAACAGAUUCUCAUCUCACUUGCAGCUCGGCGCUACACCCUCUGCAGCGGGACCAUCCUAAGCUGAACCCUUCGGAUGAAUGCAAAACUCUCUCUCUCUCGAUUGAGGAAAGACAGUAAAGAGAAGCAAACAUACUGUAGUGAUGAGACUAGCAGCUGCUCUGGCACUGACCCUCAGCAAAACGGACCCAAAUUAAGCUUUGAGAAAGGACAAACGUUACUUUAAGAGGACAUUUGAGAGCAGAAAAGAUGGACUGGCUAUAUGAAAAGAUUUUCUGACGCGUGAGCUGCAUUCCCUAUCAUUGCUGAAGACAGAGAGCAGCUAUUUGAAGCCACUUGACUCUAUCUAUAUUGCUUUCAGCACCUGUCACCGACAACUGUUGUGGAACUUAGCAGACGCGCACAGAGCGGCACUGUGCGCCGUUUGACCGAGCGAGCACCCUGGAUUUCAUUAAACAGGCGUUUUGUUGUAUCUGGACAUACGGCGAAAGUGAGCAACUGGGUUGUCUUUUUUUUUGUGAGGAGUGGGGUGGGUUCUACUGGAAGUAGAUACAAACACCAUUAAGCUGUAGUGUAUAUACUUUAUGUGUCUUAGUGUGUCCAGUGCUACAAGUAGGAGCAAACAGCAUGACAGAAAUAUAGAUUUUUUCAUUUGUACUUUUUUAACAACCACUUUCAGUCACCGUCAGCCUAUAGGGUGACGUCUCACCAUGAUGUAUUUGAAUGUAUGUAAUAUAUUACCUUUGAAAGUAUUUUUCCAGUGCAUUGAGGAGAAGGAGGUUUUUACCAGCUGUCUAUCUUCAUCCUUCGAAACAAAAAUGGAAAUAAAACCAGACGGUGCACA